GCGGCGGGGGGCGGGUUGGAGCGGGAUUAUAUUUCCGUCGUCUCUGUUCGGGGAUGGACAAGAUGGAGGGGUGGCUCUACCUCAUUCGCUCCAACAGGUUCGGCCUCCAGUACUCGCGGAGGCGCUACUUCAUUCUCAAAGAGAACAGCCUCAAGAGCUUCAAAAACCUGCCUACAGCCGACGAGGAGGAGCCCAUCAGAAGUGCAGCCAUUGACUCUUGCAUUCGGGUCAUAGAUAAUGGAAGGGAGAGCAUCCAUCGAAAAGUAGUCUUCAUUUUCACCCUUUAUAAUACAGCUAAUCACAAUGAUCAGCUUAAGUUGGGAGCAGAUAGUUCGGAGGAUGCAGCAAGAUGGAUACGUUCUUUGCAGGAUGCAGCGGCAAAGGAAAAUCCUAACCCAGCCACGAAUUUCGUUUCAUGUUCUAAGCGGAAAUGGCUGACUUUUAGGAUCUGCACCCCUUCAAAACGGACAAGCAGUAAACACUCUGUAGAUUGGACAGUUUUCUCAUCCAUGCAUACAGAGGCAAUGACAUCUGAUGUUAUCGCACCCUCACCGUGGAAAAUAUUUGGUUGUCAGAAUGGACUGCGCCUUUUCAAAGAAGCAAAAGAUUGGGAUUCUCGUGGAGGGCACUGGGACGAUCAUCCAGCAAUCAUGGCUGUUGGAGUGGUUGACGGAACUUCAGAGGCCAUUUUCCGGUGUCUUAUGUCUCUUGGUUCUUCACGUUCUGAAUGGGAUUUCUGCUUUUACCGAGGCAGUGUGGUCGAGCACCUUGAUGGCCAUACAGAUAUUAUUCACAAACAGCUAUACAGCGACUGGCUUCCAUGGGGAAUGAGACGAAGAGACUUACUCUUACGACGCUACUGGAGAAGGGAGGAUGAUGGGACCUACGUUAUACUUUACCAUUCUGUUUUCCACAAGAAAUGUCAACCACAGAGAGGCUAUGUUCGUGCUUGCCUUAAAAGUGGGGGAUAUGUAGUUACUCCAAUAAACCAAGGAAAACAGUCCCUGGUGAAACACAUGCUCUCGAUUGAUUGGAAAUUCUGGAAAACGUAUCUGCGUCCAUCAUCUGCAAGAUCCACCACCAUUCGUAUGCUAGAGAGAGUCGCAGCAUUAAGAGAGAUGUUCAAAUCCAAAGCAGGAAAUUUUUCUUCAGAUUACUCUCGUGGUGACUUGAUGAGGGAUAUUGGGUUACCUCAGAUUGUAAAGGAGGAUGUUAAAACCGAAGUAGAGGAUCAUGAAAAAAUUGUCAAAAUCCAGGAGGUCAAGUUUACAGAAGAUCAGUCUGAAAGGCCACCUUCUCAAUCUUCCAGCCUGAUGGGACUGAACGAUGCUGAUGAUGAGUUCUUUGAUGUUCCUGAGCCGACAGAUUAUGACCAAUUAGAAAACUGGUCAUCUGAAUUGAUCCCAGAACUACAUGCUGCGAACAUGUACCAGCCUAAAUUAUCAUCAGCAGCCAUUUUUGUGAAAAAGUUGCAUGAUCUAGCAGUUCAAAAGAAAGGUUAUAUGGAUCUACAAGAGUUGGCGAGAGAGGAUAGCAUAGCAUGUUCUUAUGGAUCAACUCUCCAAAGUGAUCCAAGCUGUAAUCUGCUUUGCAGUUGGACAACAACUGAUCCUUCCACCUUCCUAAUACGUGGAGAAAAUUAUUUGAAAGACCAUCAGAAGAUCAAGGCCAAUGGAACAUUGAUGCAAAUGGUUGGUGCAGACUGGCUGAGAUCUGACAAACGAGAGGAUGAUCUUGCAGGGCGACCUGGUGGCGUGGUCCAGGAAUACGCUGCAUUGGGUGGUCCAGAAUUUUUUUUCAUUGUAAACAUACAGGUUCCGGGCUCCACCACACAUAAUUUGGCAUUGUACUAUAUGAUGAAAACUCCUCUCGAAGAAAAUCCUCUGCUGCAUAGAUUUGUUAAUGGAGACGAUACAUUUAGGAAUUCGAGAUUUAAACUCAUACCAUACAUCUCGAAGGGAUCAUGGAUAGUCAAGCAGAGUGUUGGAAAAAAAGCAUGCUUGGUGGGUCAAGCACUAGCAAUUAAUUAUUUUCGUGGAAAGAAUUACUUGGAGCUUGGGGUCGAUGUUGGGUCUUCAACAGUGGCAAGAGGAGUUGUCAGUCUCGUUCUCGGAUAUCUGAACAACUUGGUCAUUGAAAUGGCAUUCCUAAUCCAGGGUAAUACACCAGACGAGCUCCCUGAAGUCCUUCUUGGUACAUGUCGACUAAAUCAUCUGGACGCAUCAAAAUCAGUCCUAGUACAGCCUUAAACAAUCAAGUUCCGGUGGAAAACGAGAAAAGAAAGUGAUGAAUAUGUUGAGCAAAUUUGCUGUAAUGUUACACCCAUGACCUGAACAUGAAGAGGAGAUAAAGUGCAUAUAAGAUGUGCUUUGGCUGGUAUGUCACAUUAAGCGAUUUGGCGCGGGGGAUUUACAUAGCAGUUCUGAUUCUUUGGUGGGCAUUGCAAUCGUAAAAUUUACUGAUGGUCGUUCUUCCAAUAAAUUCUGGGCGGUGGUGGUGGGGGACGGUUGACAAUGUAAUCAUUCAGGGCGUGUAUUAUUUUCGCGACUUUGGUUCUAUUGGCUAUAUAUCAAUUGAUGAUGACGAAUGAUCAUCUAGAUUUGAGUUUCUCA